AUGCCCAUUGCGGAGCUUUUGGGAGUCCAGUUCGACAUGCAGCUGCUGUGGAAACUUAGUGUCUCUGCGGCUGCAGUGCUGCUGGUUUCUUGGGGCUACAGGUUCUACAGCUCCAGGCAUCGAAGAAGAAUCCAGCUCUAUGUCAAAGACAAAGAGCCAGGAAAUGCAACCUGCCAAAACUGCGAGACAACACUUCAACAUCAAAGCUCAACAAAACAUGAGACAGAUGAUGCGGGCCAGCAAUCCAGAUCGUUGCUAGCAGAUUCAGAUGACCUGACACAUCAGGGACAGGUUGCCACCAGUAAUGUUAUGUUUGGAUCUGCUCUGAAACUCCCUGAUCCAACAGAGAGUGGGAUGGUCAGUACAACGGGGCGGCGCUCCCCUUGCAUUUUGCAGAAGCUGGAGAGAAGUGUGGGUGUGGGCCGAGAGUUAAGACAGGACCUGGAGAGCAAAGGGUCCUACUCCAGCUUCCUCUCCAAGGCAGAGGUCAAAGUGGAAGAUGCAAACAUAGUGCUAGAAGGGAAAGGAGACCAGGUUGUGCGUGGAAAGAUAUAUGAUUACUAUGUUGAGUCAUCUUCUCACUCUAUUACAGAUAUUAAUACGGUACUUUCUCAGUAUGAGAGGGACUUUGAAUCAAAGCCAGGGGAGCUUGGAAGCCAUGGCAGCAGUUUCAGAGAGUCUCCAUCGUCUUUAAACCCCAUCACUAUUCGUGAUCUGGUUUCACCACAAAGCACUGUUAAAGAUGCUUCCUCGCCAGGGUGCCUCAAGCUGAGAAAACCCCCAAGGCCUGUACUCUUACGCAAAGAGAGCUAUCUGUCUGCAGCACAGGAGUCUGAGCUUUCGAUCCCCUUUCUAACUUCAAGAGCCUCAACUCCAGUGACCCACUCUCGGGCUAUAGCUGGCGAUGAAUCUCUCUCUGUUCACCCAAUUAUCAGUCCUGCUACUGACAGCAAAAUCCUUAAUGUGAAGGAGGGGAUAGAUAGAGAGACUGCAGAAGGGGCUCCAUUUUUAGACUUUCAAGCAAAAAUUCUUGAUGACACAGAUUUAGAAGUCUUAAAGAGUAAGCUUGAUCUGGGUAAUUGUUUGGAGACACUGUGCCUUGCUAAGAAACAUGGCCAGACAUCUUUGCAGAAAGCAGCCCUGGGGGUCAUGUCUGAUAACUACCUCCAUGUGCUCAGGGAUCCCAGCCUUUAUGGGCGGCUAAUGGCUGGGGAGCGGGAACAAAUCCAGAGACAAAGAAUGAGGGGGAAGAGGUUUGUCAUGGUUGCAGACAUGGAUCCUCAAGAUUGGGUCAGCAACACUGAAGGGCGCAGAGCAACAUCAGAGCAGAGGAGGACAUCAAGCGCAGUGUACUAUUAUGAUGACUACAAAGACACUUGGCAUACACUCUGCCUAAUCCCACAGGAGGUCAUCUCUAAAGCCUGUGCUAUGUGCACAAUGGAUAACUACUUAUUCGUGGCAGUGGGCUGCCAAGGCACUGACAGAGAAAUGACACCCUCAAAGCGAGUGUUCUGCUACAAUCCUUUGACAUCCAUUUGGAAAGAGAUCAGUCCUAUGAAUGAAGCCAGGCCCCGCUGCAAACUGGCAGCACUGGAGGGCUACAUAUAUGCAAUUGGAGGAGAGUGCCUCUCCACAGUGGAGCGCUACGACCCACGAUUGGACAGAUGGACAUUUGUGGCUCCUCUGCCUAAUGAUACAUUCGCUGUGGCACACCAUGUGACAGUGUGCGAUGGAGAGCUUUUUGUUUCUGGAGGAACUCUUAAAUACAUGCUACUACGCUACAACCCCAAAACUGACACCUGGAGGCCAAGUCUCACAGUAGGCAGCAAAUACAAGACUGUAGAUAUUGUGGCUGUGGGAAGAUUUUUGUACCGGUUUGAUGUCAACCCAGUCCUGGGUGUCAGUGUGUACCGCUACCAUACGGUGGCCCGACUGUGGUAUGAGUGCAGCUCCAAACGGAUUCUGCAUUGCCCUGCGUUUCAGUGUGUCGCGAUGAAUGACACAAUAUAUUGUGUCAGCCGCCACUUCACCAUGAAGUUCGAGGCUGAUGAGAUCUCUCCUGCUUUCAUAGAUGAGGAUUUGAGCAUACUCUCUGCAGCCAAGGGCACACUUUUCCCCUUUAUUCUUUCACUACCUGAUAAGAAGCCUCAGCAGACUAGUGUGUAAUGAGGAUUCAAUUUUCCAUUGAUGGGCACAAAUAUAUUUUACACAGUGGCCUG